ACAGAAUAAAUACAUCGGGACCAGUCGGUCCCAACUUCCUCGACAGUGUGUCCGCCCACAAUCAACAGCCUGAUCCGCGAGCGGCCGGACGCAGCGGACAUCACCUGCCCCCCGGACCACGCGCCUCCCAGCAGCCGUGCGCGUGUCGUGCGCUCCUCUCCAAUUAAAAGAGUGACAAAAAAAAACCUAUACCUAUAGACGGUUCUUUCAGUUCAAACAGAAGCUAUUGUAGACUGGAGUGUAGUUAUGCAGGAUAGAGGCACAUUUUACAGCCCUUUUCCCAGACCACGAUGUUUGGCGGCUGCUGCUCCGGGCCGGGGAGCCAAAUUAACUCACCCAGGGAAAGCUAUUUUGGCAGGUGGACUUGCUGGUGGCAUAGAGAUCUGCAUCACCUUCCCGACAGAGUAUGUGAAGACCCAGCUACAGCUGGAUGAGAGGGCCAACCCCCCGAAAUAUAGAGGAAUAGUUGACUGCGUGCGGCAGACAGUGCAGGGUCAUGGUGUUAAAGGACUGUACAGAGGACUCAGCUCUCUGCUUUAUGGGUCUAUACCCAAAUCUGCUGUCAGGUUUGGGAUGUUUGAGUUCCUCAGUAACCGUGCAAAGGACGAGUCCGGCCGACUGGACAGCACCAGGGGCCUGCUUUGUGGACUUGGAGCGGGGGUUAUGGAGGCUGUGCUGGUGGUCUGCCCAAUGGAAACUGUCAAAGUUAAAUUUAUUCACGACCAGACUUCAGCCAACCCCAAAUACAAGGGCUUCUUCCACGGAGUCCGAGAGAUAAUCAGGUCACAAGGAAUAAGAGGAACAUAUCAGGGUCUGACUGCAACUAUCCUCAAACAAGGCUCCAACCAGGCCAUCCGCUUCUUUGUGAUGACGUCGCUCAAGAACUGGUACAAAGGCGAUAACCCAAAUAAAGCUAUUAACCCUUUGGUGACUGGACUCUUUGGAGCCGUGGCCGGGGCAGCCAGUGUGUUUGGAAACACUCCACUAGAUGUCAUCAAGACGAGGAUGCAGGGUCUGGAAGCUCAUAAAUACAAAAGCACAAUGGACUGUGCUGUGAAGAUCCUGAGAUAUGAAGGCGUGCCAGCGUUCUACAAAGGCACAGUUCCCCGGCUGGGUCGGGUGUGCCUGGACGUGGCCAUAGUCUUCAUCAUCUAUGAGGAAGUAGUGAAGCUUCUGAAUACAGUCUGGAAGACAGAAUGAUCUAGGGAAUAUUCAGAAAAGAUGGCAGCUUCUAAAACAAAUCUACGCUUGGUGAGGUGGCUGAAAUAGAGAGCUUAAUUUAGAGCGUGGGCAGAUCACUGUUUGCACCAAUACUACGACAAGAUUAAAGACAGGGGGUCAUUCACAAAGUGGGAUUAUAAAUCAGCCAAAUAACUGUGGAAAAAAAUAUGUUUUUUCUGGAAAGUGUGAAUAUUAUGAAAACCUGAAUACAGUAGCCAGUAAAAGCAUAUUUUUUUCAAGUUACCGUCUUCCCCGUCCUUGUAAAGCCGCUCUGUGAGACACCUCCAGUGGACAACAUUACUCCUACCUACUCACAGCUGGUUUACUGGUGUUUUACUGCGAGAGUGCAGGUGUCAUUCUGGAUUUCCUCGAGUUUUAAGUUGCUUUCUGUCUCCUCUUGUGCCUAACCCAGUUUAAAAUGCAGAGGAGCCAGACUGCACCUGGUUGCAGUUUACAGCCACAUAAACUGUAGCAACUUCCAUAGCUAGGCCUUAUAGAUAUUUUAUUUUGAAUUUGUAUUAUGCCAAUUAUUUUUAUAUGGAGUAGAUUUUAACUUUUCUUUAUUACCUACAUCAUAUAUAUAUAUUUUAAUCUUGUGCCGAAUGCCAAACCCAUAAUACUAUGAAAAUGAGUGAAUACAUGCAAAAGAAGUCAUAAUGAUCUCAACAAAACAGAAUAAAGCAGAUAUUGUGAAGUGAAUAAUAUUGUGAAAUAAAUGUAUUUAUUGAAAACUGAAUGUGUUAAUUGCAGUUUAGAAACUGCUUGUGAGUUCGUGCCAAAUGUGUCAGAUUUUUUCUGUGAAGUAUUUUUAAAUUUCUGGAGGA